AUGCUUAUCACAAUUGUUAUUGGUACAUUAUUUAUUUUUUUAAAUUCGUUAUUGCAAUUUGCCGGUUCAUUCAAUACAAAUUCGUUAUUGAAUUUACAACCUUUUUACAGCGCAGAUAAAAAAUAUGCCAUAUUAAUGAUACCAUCAUCUUUAAUUGCUUUUCAAAUCAUUUGUGCAAUUGUAGCGACAAUCGCUUUUACUACAUUUGCAUUAACCAUUUAUUUAUUAGGUUUCCAUAUCUAUUUAUGUUUUAACAACAUGUCAACAUACGAUUAUAUCAUGCGAAAGCGUGUUGAUAACACGAUGCUCAGUUUUAAUAAAAUAGCCAAUAAUUCUUCUGAGAAAUCCACAACAUCACAACAACAAUUCACCAUGGGUCAAAUUUGUUCAAAUAGAAAAAAAAUCAAUCCAAUAAAUAACGUUCCUCAAAAUCAUCGUGAUUUACCUGCUGGUAAUAAUUAUGGUCAUAAAGAUAUGUAUUCUCGCCGUGCAGAUAAAAAUGAAUCGUUAGCAAUCGAAGAGCAGUCAAUCAAUCACAGUCCUCGUCGGAACGGUCCAAAAAUGGCUUCUCUUUUGUUUGAAGCGAUCGAAAAAGGACAAAGCGCAGUCGUACUCAAACUUCUUCGUAAUCGUAUCGAUGUUAAUACAAUGAAUGAACGGCGUCAAACACCAUUAAUGAUUGCUGCUAAAUAUGGACGACAAGAUAUUGUAGCCGUUUUACUUGAAAAAAAUGCUAAUGUCAAUUUUACAGACGAUGGAGGAAAGACUGCGCUUCACUAUGCAGUUGAAUUUCAAUACGCAUCAAUAAUCAAACUUUUAUGUCGAAAUCAGGCUAACAUGAACAAUGAAACAUUUUUUACAAAAUUGAAACCAAUCGAUUAUACACUGGUAAAUGAAGAUUUAUACGCAACAUUAGAAAAAUAUGAGAAAGGCAAUAUAAGUAAUGAUGACGAAAAUGAGGAUGAUGAUGUGCCAAAGGGUGAACCAUAUGAGAAGAAGAAAAAGGCUGGAAAAAAGAAGAAGGGUGGAAAAUCAGCAAAGAAAAAGUCAAAGAAAAAAAAGAAAAAAUGA